AGGGCCGCGGCGUCGUGCGGGCGGGGGGCGGCCGGCUUGCGGCUGCGGCCGCUGUGAGCAGCAAGCACACAAGAGGCACGGAAAGCGGCGGCCAGGGCGACGGAGACACCUCAGAAACUACACCUUGUCUCGUGCCAACGGGAGCCCGCGGCGCGCAAGGCCGCCUCUCCUCUGCCUCAACUUUGCCCCAAGCUCUUUCGGAGUCUGGCUUCCUUGGAAGGCCAGACGCGACCCCAGUCCCAGGCUGAGCAGGGGGACUCUGGGGGUCGGACCCUCGGGUUUCUCGACCCUCUCGCGAUCCCGGUCGCCAGGAAAACCCGGAGCGGAGCAUCCCGGGGUCGGGGAACGCCCUCGCGCGCGCACUGGCGCGCCUGCGCAGUCGCUCGGCAGCCGCGAGUAGGAAGCUCAGCGCGGCAGUAGCUGCCCCGGCGGCGCGACUACAGGGUGGGAGGGGACGCAGUGGUUGGCGGGCGGGGGCGCUGGGACGCGGCUGGGGCUCCCGCCUGAGGUUCCUGGACGCAUUUGGGCCCGCGAAGCCUGGCGCGAGGCGCUUAGCGAACACGGGAGCCAACGAGUACUAAGUGGGCAGCUGGCGGAGCGGAGCCGCCGGGCGUCGGGCUCAGAGCCCGGGUCUCCGCGGCUCGGGACCGGGCGGCGGGGGCGGCGAUGUUCCACUGCAUCCCCCUGUGGCGGUGCAACCGUCAUGUGGAGACCAUCGACAAGCGCCACUGCUCGCUGCUCUACGUCCCCGAGGAGAUCUACCGCUACGCCCGCAGCCUGGAGGAGCUGCUGCUGGACGCCAACCAGCUCCGCGAGCUGCCCGAGCAAUUUUUCCAGCUAGUCAAAUUACGAAAGCUUGGACUUAGUGAUAAUGAAAUUCAGCGGCUUCCUCCAGAAAUAGCAAACUUCAUGCAGCUGGUGGAACUUGAUGUGUCUCGAAAUGAUAUCCCUGAAAUUCCAGAAAGCAUCUCAUUCUGUAAAGCACUACAGAUAGCUGACUUCAGCGGAAACCCACUGACUAGAUUGCCAGAAAGCUUUCCUGAAUUACAGAAUUUGACAUGUCUUUCUGUAAAUGACAUCUCAUUGCAGUGCCUGCCUGAAAAUAUUGGCAAUCUUUACAACCUGGCUUCACUGGAACUGAGAGAGAAUCUUCUUACAUAUCUUCCUGAUUCUCUUACUCAGCUGCGGAGACUAGAGGAACUUGAUUUAGGAAACAAUGAAAUAUAUAUUUUGCCAGAAUCAAUCGGCGCCCUCUUACAUCUAAAGGAUCUCUGGCUGGAUGGAAAUCAACUGUCAGAGUUACCUCAGGAAAUAGGAAAUCUGAAGAGCCUGCUGUGCUUAGAUGUAUCUGAAAACAGGUUGGAAAGACUUCCUGAAGAAAUCAGUGGCCUGACUUCAUUAACAGAUUUAGUCAUUUCCCAGAACUUACUAGAAAUGAUUCCGGAUGGCAUUGGAAAACUAAAGAAACUGUCGAUCUUGAAGGUGGAUCAGAACAGACUCUCACAGUUGCCUGAAGCAGUUGGGGACUGUGAAAGCCUCACUGAAUUAGUUCUUACAGAAAACCGACUCCUGACUUUACCUAAGAACAUUGGAAAACUUAAGAAGUUGAGCAACUUGAAUGCAGACAGAAAUAAAUUAGUGUCUUUACCAAAAGAGAUCGGCGGGUGCUGCAGCCUCACUGUGUUCUGUGUGCGUGACAAUAGACUGACUCGGAUACCUGCAGAGAUAUCACAGGCGACAGAGCUCCAUGUCCUGGAUGUGGCAGGGAACAGGUUGCUGCAUUUGCCUUUAUCCCUGACGGCCUUGAAGUUGAAGGCUUUGUGGUUAUCUGACAACCAGUCCCAGCCUCUCCUCACGUUCCAAACAGACACAGACCAUGCCACAGGAGAGAAGAUUUUAACCUGUGUCCUACUUCCUCAGCUGCCUUCUGAACCUGAUUGCCAAGAGAGCCUGCCUCGGUGUGGCGCGCUGGAGAGCUUGGUGAAUGGCGUCUCUGAUGAGGCCUGGAAUGAGCGUGCAGUCAACAGAGUCAGCGCGAUCCGAUUUUUGGAAGAUGAAAAAGAUGAGGAAGACAAUGAAACGAGAACACUUCUGAGACGAGCCACUCCACACCCCGGGGAGUUAAAGAAUAUGAAAAAGACAGUGGAGAACUUACGGAAUGACCUGAAUGCUGCUAAAGGACUGGAUUCAAAUAAAAACGAGGUCAAUCAUGCCAUUGACCGAGUGACCACUUCUGUGUAGGAUUUCACCACCAAGCUUUACCUCCCAUGUCUUCCCCUGCUGUUGAGACGUUCCCAUCUCCUUGUGAGGAGCCUCACGCAGUCCUCUGUCUUCACCAGACCCUGUGCAUUCUCGCCCCCAGCCACGUGUUGGGGUGCUGCUCCCCCCAAGGAAGUGCCUUACUCGAAUCCAUCAACCAGUCGUUGCACCAGUGGAAUCCUGGCGUGAUUUUUUUUGUUUUUUCUGAAUUUCAGCUGUUUGUAAUAAGUAGAAUACACUACUGUAAACAUCUGACCUUCGUUUUUGUCUUAUGUUGGGUGAGGGGGAGCAGGAAGGGGAAUUUUUAGCCUCCUCCCUCUCAAGUGCUGGGACAUUUUGAAUCCAAGUUCUCUUGGACCUACUGAUGAGAGAUAGUUUUAUGUAUGGGGAAUAAUUGAUACUUUUUUAAACCUUUUUGGCAGCUCAGAUGGUGUAAAUUUAAAAAUUUUGUAUAGGUAUUUCAUAACAAAAAUGUGUUUCUUUUCUGUUAUUUUAUCUUGAAAACGGUACAUAUUUUAGUAUUUGUGCAGAAAAAAGAAACAGUCCUAAAGUAUUUGUUUUUAUUUGUACCAUCCACCGUGCCUUACUGUAUCCUGUGUCACAUCAAAUCAGUUCUACAUGACAGCAUCCUUGAGCAGUGAGAUGAGACUAGGAAUGUGGUACGUUUAAAGCAGUGUUGGAUUUUAAUCAGCCAUCCACCUGGUGGAUUUGUUUUUAACCAAAAAAGAAGAGUCAGCACCGAUUUGUAAAUGGUAUUGGUGGAUUUUCUUUUAAAAGGAGAACCAAAGGAUUAGACAGCUAAUAUUUCAUUUCUUAUACUUUACCUUUUCAUUGAAUGAGUCUCUAGAAUGAAUGCAGUGUCUGAUUAUACCUGCUUGGAAGGUAUGCGCCAUUUGUAAAACAAAAUAGAGCAGAAAAGCACAAAAAGAAAAAACUGGCUCAGAAAUUCAGUGGGUAAAUAAAUUAUGUUCUGCAAAAGAAAGUAUGAUUUUUAUUGGAGAAAGCUUUAUGAGUUUCAUAUUGAUAUCUAAAAACCAUAAUAAAGCAAAGCAACCUACAACCAUGUUAGACAUGUUGCUAUCUUUAUAAGUGCAAUUUAAUUUGUAAAUAGAAUUUGAAUCAUAGUAUAACAAAACAUUGCUUCUGUCUUAAUUUUAAAUUUGCUAAUUUAAGGGGUGUAGGAGUAUGUUUUGGUGUGUUUCUGUUGAUUUUUUUUUUUUUUUGGUAUAAUGUGAUAAAUGAAAAAUGAGAAGUACUAGUCACUGUGUGGUGUCUAGGGAAAUCAUGUUGUUGGUUUUUGUUUUCUCCCCAUGAAAUAAAGUCACCCUGGACAUCAGCCAUA